AUGUUGUGCGAAACCCGCUGCUGCGGCGCCGCUGCCAUGUGGCCCAAACUUGAACUGCUAGCAGCGACGGCCGCUGUCAUUGGCAUCUGUCUGCUGGCCACAGCUAAAGUAACCCACGCAUCGGUAUCUGCCGGCGGCACCACCAACCUGCCGCUGCCCCUGCAACCGCCCACAAUACCACAAAAUGCGACAACGCCAACGAGCAAAGACAACAACGACAACAACAGCGACAACUCUGAUGACGCCUUGAGUGACAGCCGGGAGGCGGUGCUUAAUAAGCAGGCAGUCAGCGAGCUGCAGGUCAACAAUGAUCCGCCCACAGCCAGGCAAGUGCUUAAGGAAGCGGAGCCGAAGGAACUGGAAGAGACAACGCACUUGCAACAAUUUGUGGGCUUGCCUGGCUUUCUGCCCACGGUGCUGUCCACACCCGAAGAAAGCAGCAGCAUUGCCACGCCCACAAAUGGACAUGGCUAUAUACAAUUCGAAAUCAAUGAAGAGCUGCCCAGGCCAACUGUGCGUCGCGAUAAGAAUCCGAAGUCCAAGAAGGACACAGUAAAUGAGGUGCUCUUCAGCCUGUUUCCCAACGGCUUCUCGGACAUCUUUCGCUUUAGCGGCAGCGAGGCAAACACAGAGGCAGCCACAGAUGCACCGAGCAGCUCGGCAACCACUACAAAUAAAGCGGUGGUGCAUGCCACAACUGCAACGGAAUCCAGUGCCAUCACAGAGCCUGUAACGUUGCCGCCUAAGAAUGAGACAUUUUACAGCUACCAGACGACUGUGACAAGGGAGUAUCGACGCGAGCUGCGGCCAGGACAUACGCAAAUCGUGGUGGAAAAGGUCAGCAGUGCCGAGCGAGAGCCGUUUAUGGACGGCAGCAAUCACAUCUCCCGGGAUGAGCUGCUGCGCAUAAAUCGCGCCGCAGUCGCAUCUCCAGUGCUUCCCAGUUUACUGCUGCGCCCCGAUAUCGAGGGCGACGACAAUGAGACUCUCGUCGCCGCCGAGAGUGCACCCAUUGUCAUACUUGGCGAGCAGGAAGCCGAAUUCGAGGAAGGCCAGAGCAUUGAGGACAAUCAGAUUGCGGAAUCGCGCCACAUGGAUCAACAGCUCUACCUGCGUCAGCUGCCAGCCCCCGCUCGGGACGUGGACUCUUCCUCUCACACCAGUGAGAGCUACAGAAGUCAAGAAGGUCCCGCCGAUCACCAGCAAAUCAAUGUCCACAUUGUGCACGAUGAGUCGCAGGCAAAGGUGCCAGAAGCGCCCGAAUCACAGCCACAGCAGGCACUGGAUCACUUCCAGGCCCAUAGUGAGCAACGCUUCCAGCAGCAUCAUCAGACCCAAGAGGCACCCUCUAGGCAGUUUCUGAAGACCUUCAAGCCCAUCAUUUCGGGCAGUGCCGACAGACCCAUACCCAAGGGCACCUUCCACUAUGAGUCCAACAAUCCACCAGCACGCACUAUCUCCAAUCCGCCCAAGGAAGUUUCCUACGAGGGUCCGUUUGUAGGACCCGCUGCCCAGUUGAGCUACCAACAGGAGUUGAGUCUGCAGAAACCACAACCUGAGUCAAAAGGUCCACAGUCCAAGCUGAACACGCAGGCAAUAGCUUCUCCUUCAUCAGCUGCUGCUCCCGCGCCUGCACCUAGCGAGCACUCAAGCUAUGGUGGACCCACGCCCAGUAGUUUGGUCUAUGUUACGGUCAACUCACAUAGCCCGACAACCGCUGCGCCUGCCUCGCAUCAGGCUGAAAAGCAAGCGGUGCCACAGCUGCCUAGUCCUCACGAAUAUGUCUCGGAAGCCGCUGCCGAGCCCUCGCAGCAUCAUAUACAGCAUGCGCCUGCCCCUAAGUCCCAUCCAAACACACAAUCCCAACCUGAAACUCAGCUCCUGGUUAAGCCCAAUGGCUACACCUUUGUGGAGGUGCAGAAGUCCGUGAACAUCCACAACAAACUCAUUACGGAGAAGGACGGACGUUUGGUGGAGAUGCAUGAGACCAUUUACCAUCCGCCGCCCUAUCAGCAGAAUCACUUUACACCAGCCCCGCCUCCAACUGCGACUAACUACGUCUCCCUAGCUGCUAAUCCCAUCAAUGUUGAGCAAGUGGAAUACGAUAGCGCACCACAAGAGGGACCCAUUUCGCAUGCAGCCAUCAACAUUGAUGUGCCCCAUCAGCCCAGAGGCCACGACGCAACACAUGAUGCACCCCAUGAAGCACCCCACUACCAGCCAGUGACCGUGGUGGAGAAGCAUUUGCCCCAGCCGUACCCGGUACCGGUUGAGAAAAUCGUUGAGAGUCCCAUUAAGGAAAUUGUGGAAAAGCACAUACCCGUGCCAUAUGCUGUCCCCCAACCGGUGCCCGUUCCCGUUCAUGUCGAGCACUAUGUGGAUCGUCCCUAUCCCGUUGAGACCAUUGUCGAACAGCCUGUGCCCUACCCCGUGGAGACAAUUGUUGAGAAGAUCGUCGAGAAGCAGGUGCCCAUCGAGGUGGAGCGCAUUGUCGAGAAACCCGUCGAGGUGGAGAAGAUUGUGGAGAAGUAUAUAGAUCGUCCGAUGGCCAUACCCAUUCAUGUGCCCGUCGCCAUACACAUGCCCAUGCCUCCGAACCACUCACCCGGCUUUAACUUUGGCUCACAUCCCAAUGCCCUGCACCCCUGGACGCAUGCCUCGGUUGCUCAUAUCCCGCCCAAAGUUCUGCAGCACUAUUACACGCGCAUGCUGAAAAAGCUGCUGCCCCAGUUGGCAGCACCCCAGACGACAGCCAAAACGGCGUCGAAGACUACAGCCAAGGCAGCCCUAGUGAAGCCUCCGGUUAGGCCUGUGCGUGGCGAGGCGCCCAAGGUGGCAACCUUCAGCCUGGCCGACAUGCGCUUCGACCUGCGCCCGCCGCCACCGCCGCAGGGCUCACCUUGGCUUCAGGGCGCGCGCUACAUAUACAACACACUGCCCGAGGACUUGUCCGCUGCAGCUGCCUCGGCGCCCCCCCACAUGGUCAAGUCCUACAUAGGGCCCGUGCCCACAACCAGCACGAGCAGUGAGAACAACGGCAGCGAAUUUGAUGAGUUCCAACGCUGGCGCAAUGGCCACAGCCUGAAACGCAGUCCCGAAUUCGGACGCAAUUUGCACCUGGAGUACGGCUUCAAGCCGCCCCUGGUGCCCUCGGUGGAGAUCGAUGAUAAGGGCAUGCCCCUGAAGCAAGCGGACGCAGCAGUGCAGUAG